UGUAGUAAGGAGGUUUGGGACGGAAGCACUGGAUUAUUUUCACGUUAACAGAGUUACAAUUUCCAGGAUCACAGUGGGGAGAAAUGUUUUUGCCAUGUUGGCAGAGAUUGCCAGUGAGGCAGCAUGGCAGAUUUAUUUUCUACACUCGGACCUUCAGCAGUGUAGGAUCUGAGAGGGAUAACACAAACUCUAGCAUUAGUAACCUUAGAAGAGUUGUCAUCACUGGAAUUGGACUUGUUUCACCACUCGGGACAGGGACUUCUUUACCCUGGAAGCGUCUGAUUGCAGGAGAGAGUGGUUUAGUGGCACUGGACCCGGAUGAAUACAAAUCAGUGCCGUGUAAAGUAGCAGCUCGAGUUCCGAGAGGAGAUGCUGAAGGUGAGUUCCAAGAAGAAGCAUUUGCUUCACGGGGAGAGAUCAACAGCAUGUCACAAGCCACAGUUAUGGCCCUUGGUGCUGCUCAGCUGGCCCUGCAGGAUUGUGGGUGGCAUCCCAGUGGUCAUGAAGAGCAGCUAAGCACAGGUGUGGCUGUAGGUAUGGGCAUGGUGCCUUUGGAGGAGAUCGCUAGUACUGCUGCUGCCUUUCAUACGCGUGGCUACAGCAAAGUGAGCCCAUUCUUCGUCCCACGCAUUUUGGUCAAUAUGGCUGCUGGACACAUUAGCAUCAAGCACAAGUUGAAGGGCCCCAACCAUGCUGUUUCCACAGCCUGCACCACAGGGGCACACGCUAUUGGAGAUGCCAGCCGUUUUAUUGCUCAUGGAGAUGCCAUAGCAAUGGUUGCUGGUGGCACUGAGGCUUGCAUCAGCCCUCUCUCUAUAGCAGGCUUUGCUCGAGCCCGGGCACUUAGUACCAACUGGAACCAGCAGCCCAAGUUGGCGUCUCGCCCCUUUCACCCGGAGAGGGAGGGCUUUGUGAUGGGUGAAGGGGCAGCUGUGCUCGUUCUGGAGGAGUAUAGCCAUGCUGUUGAAAGAGGAGCGCGGAUCUACGCUGAGGUGCUGGGCUACGGACUUUCAGGGGAUGGCACUCACAUCACAGCACCCUCUACGGAUGGAGAUGGUGCUUUCAGGUGCAUGUCUGCUGCUCUCAGAAAUGCUGGCGUAGCUCCAUCAGAUGUGACAUACGUGAAUGCCCAUGCCACCUCCACACCACUUGGAGAUGCUGCAGAGAAUGCAGCCAUAAAAAGACUUUUCCAGCAGCACUCACAAUCCAUCGCAGUUUCCUCAACUAAGGGGUCAACAGGGCACCUUCUUGGAGCAGCCGGGGCUCUUGAGGCAGCAUUUACAGCGCUGGCUUGCUACCAUGCUGUCCUACCCCCGACUCUGAACCUGGAUCACACAGAGCCCGAGUUUGACCUAAACUAUCUGCCCUGUGUUGCUCAGUCUUGGAGGACUCAAGCCAGAAGAAUAGCCCUUACUAACUCAUUUGGGUUUGGAGGCACAAAUGCUUCUCUGUGUUUGGCCAGUGUUUAAAAAAUGUUUUGACAUGACUAUUUUAUUGCACUACAGUAGUUCUGAAGAUGUAUUUGUAUGAGAUAGGGGUGAAUGCUUACGACUCUCCAAAUUUCUUAAUGAUGUCACAUUUGAGACAAAGUUUGCAUGGAAUAAUUAUUAAUAUUAUAUACAGCGUGCCCAGUAGAGAGGAACUUAAUAGCUCAAUGAAUACCCAUCUGCUUUUCAUAUAAACUACAAUUCCAAAGUCAGGACAGUAUGUGAAAUGCUAAUAAAAAUAUAAAUUUUC